UAUGAAGAAUGUUGAUUAUCUUAGAGUUAUACCAAGGUUACCUAACGCUAGAAUUUGUUUAUCAAAUCUUGUAGAAUUCAUGCCUAAAUGUGUUGAUGAUGAAACUUAUCAAGAAUAUUAUUCAAAAAUUUGUAAAAAAAUAAAAAUAUUAAAACUUCAAGAUUUGAAUACUGGUAACCUUGGAGCAAUUUCAUUAAUAACAUCACAAUCUUCCUUGGAACAUAUAGUAAUUUCCAAUUAUUCAUCAUAUAUGGCUGGAAAUGCUAUUCAUAAAAUAUUCGCAGCUUUGGAAUCUCAAGCACCUCAUUUGAAAUCGAUAGUUAUAAAAAAUUCAUUUAUUCAAGAUAAUCAUGUACCAUCAAAAGUAUUUUGUUGGCCGGAAUUAGAAGAGUUGAGGAUUGAAAAUAGUGAUCAAAAUUUGGUAAAAAUGCCACUUGGUGUGGGACCAUUUCCAAAAUUAAAAAAGAUUUUUAUUGGACAACAAUUUAUUCCAGUAGAUCUUGAACAGUUACUUAAAAAUACAUUGAAACAAGAUGAAGAAAAUAUUAAUGGAGAUAAUAAUAAUACCGAAAACGAAAACGAAAAUAAGGGAUCUAAUGAUGAUGAAGGAGGAUAUGUAUAUGAAUCACAAUUAACACAUAUUAAUUUAAAUAUUCAAAUUCAUUCAGUAGAAUUAUCCACAAUUUUACGAACCAUAGGCACAUUUUGUAGUCAAAAUUUAAUUCAUUUUGAAUCGACCAUUGAUUUUCAUUCGAUCCCAUUACUUUUUAAUCUUUUACAAUCAUGUCCAAAAUUAGAAACACUUUCUAUAUGGAACCCAUUUUUUAAUCAAUAUACAGAUGAUGAUUAUCGUAUGUUGGUUAAUUACUUUCCAAAAACGUUAAAAACGUUUAUUAUUACAAUGUAUAAAGAUAUUUCUUAUACUAGCUUAAAAAUUUUGUUAAAAGAAAUGUCGGUAAAACUUGAUGUAUUGGAUUUUGGAAGUUGUAAGAAACUUGAUCCCAAAAGCGUUGAAAUCAUUGGCGAAUGUGCAAAAGAAAAUUUAAUGAAUAUGCCAAGAAAAAUAAUAUUUAAUAAGAAUAAUUUCGAAUUUUGGUGCCUUGAAUUUCAAGAAAAAUUUUUAGAAUUACAAACUGUGGGUGUUAGGUUAUGUGAAUAUCAUGAUGAUGCGAGAAGUGAGAAUGAGAUUUAUUUUAUUUGUGAUUAA